AGAAAGAACGCGGCAGUGAGGCUAACUCUUUCGGCGUCCGAUCACCGUGUGCAACCCUGUCCAUGAGCAGCUCAGGCAAAUUACUCUAAAGUCAACCAAAGAUGAUAAAGUUUGGCAGUAGGAGUAACCUAGAGGGAGAGUUUCAGUGUAAAAUCAGCCUUCUAGACGAUACGGAAUUGACAUGCGAUUUUAAGGUAAGAUUUUUGUCUCGAGUAAGUAAUAAAAGACGAGCUGUAUCAAAGUGAUCUUUGCUGCUUCCUUCUGCAAUUAUGGCGGUCAGACUUGCAUAACUUACCUGUAAUCUUUCCCUGUUUUCUCUCAACAGAUCCUGUAAUUUAGCUUUAGUCGGGAAAGCGCUUAUUGAAAUUUUAGUAGGGAUCAUUAAGGCUUAAACCUCAGACACACUGUGCGUUUUCGAAGGACCGGAAUGAUAGUAAACAAAUACGAAUACGUUUCGUGGAAUAAAUUUGCAACAUGGAGUGGAUUCGGAGCAAAUGCCUCGAAAUUCGUAUUCCCUUUUUAUAGGGAGAGAUAAAUUCGAAUUUUGCUUGUCUUCAAACUUUGUUUGUGUCGAUCGUUCGUGGAAUCUCGCCUAAUUCAUUUUUAUUUCCCUCUACACUUCGAAAAGUUUGUUCGUGCAUGACCAAGAAACAUCGAACUGCCAUAUAUCUUUCAUUGUGUAAAUUUGUCAUGACUAGCAUAUUUUUUGUAAAUCGAUGGGAUUUACUUCUCUCCUUGCCCUCCCGAUAUUUGUAGAAUUUCGGAAACUUUUUGUGAAUAAUACUUUCCCAUCGCGGUCGCUUUGUAAAAUGCGAUUCAUACAAACACACUCCGGAGUGGUUAAAACCAUUUUUGUUCUAGGGAAAAACUAAUUAGCAUUUUUAACACGAAUGCGUUUAAAGUCCGUAAGUUGUUAAAGAAAAGCUUAGAGUCACACAUUCGAAGAGAUGGCAAUAUUGGCAGUGACAGAAAUUUCACGAACUAUAGCGACGAAAUGAACACUAGCUGAAGUUACACGCGAUCAUCUUAAACUUGUUCAAGCGUGACAUAACGAGGUUGAAGAUUUUUGCUCGUGGAGUUACUUUAUUCGAUCUUGUCUUAUUUUAUUCAGACUACCUGUCAGUAUUUCUUACUUAGUUAGUUAAAAAUUGAGUGUCAAAGGAAACGUGCUAAUGUACAGUGUCGGAUUGUUUGCGUACGAUGUUUGGGUAUUGAUCUUUGUAUUCUGCAGUGAGCACGUGAAACCAGAGUGCUCACAAGAAUUUCCACCUCGAGGAACCUUAGUUUGAAAAAAUUCUGGUUUAUUGACUAAAAGUCGUGGUCAAUAUCAAAGUAGAAACAAUCUUUGUCUUGGGGAAUUGCACCAAAUCACAGUGUGUCUCUUUUCAUUUACCUCGCCGGCAAACAUCUGCAUAUAUGUUGUCAGCUUCAUCAAUUUAUGCAGCUCGAAACCCCUUCGAAACUUAAAUGAUAUGCAACGUCCAGCUGGUUUUUACCAACGGUGACAUGUUGUAUGUAGCUCAAGCGAGUUGAUUUGGCCGGUUUGUGAAGCAGUAGUGGGUUGUAUCCUGUGUUAUCCUGAAAUGUUGUAUUUUUGGGCUUGGUGCUGCUGUUCACAGUCCAAAUAUAAAGAUUAAUUAUCAACUCUUCUUUGUUUGUCUGUGAAUACAGCGAGACGUGAAGGGCCAGGCAGUCUUUGAUGAAGUUUGCAAAACCCUUGAUUUGCUGGAGAAAGAUUAUUUUGGCCUUCGCUUUGUUGAUGAUGCUAAACAACGGGUACGUAUUUGUGUGCAAAUUACUUUGAAAUCUAUUAGGUGAUGUAUAUUAGUUGCUUGCUUUAGGAACUUUAAGAGGUUUGCCAUUAUUGUUUACGGCAUGGCGUCUUUUGCAGCUCCUAAUAUUUAGGUUUUUCUUUGUUUUUAAUUGUGAUCUUUUUUAUUUUUUUUUUUUCAAGUUUUAAAUAAAAAAGUUAAAGUCCCACAGCGGUAUUAAUUAAAAGGGUCUUGAUGUGUGUCUUACUUAAAUUCAACGCCCUUUCUCGCACUAAUUUCCGUGAUUGCUCAGGAGAUAAGCUUGUCUACACAUUGAUUUUUAAUGACACGUGCUCAAUUGAAGGACUUUGUCACACAAUGAGCCUUGAAAAUCAUGCUCUAAAUUGUCAUUAUUGCAAGUGGAUUAGCUUUUAGUAAAUAAGUUUUGAUUGCCAUGACCCAUGAUAACUUCACCAUAAUUUCUGUGUUCAACAAAUGUUUUCCUGUUGUGUACUUAACAAAGUACCUUGCAUCAGAUUGGUAAAGAGCAAAUGCACUAACUCUUUAGCCCCCAAGAGUGAUUAGCUUCGAAUUUCUCCUCACAGUAUCACCCUUAAAUCAAAUGUAAAGGUCAUGAGAAGAAUAGAAAUGAUCACCAAUUUAUUUUGACAUUUUCUUUUUGUUUGUAGCAUUGGCUUGAUCUUAAUAAGAGUGUUAUCAGACAGAUGAAGAGUAAGUAUUUUCUAGUCCUAAUUUUUAUUCAGAUUACCUUCAGUAUUUCUAGUUAAAGUAAAGCAGAAUUCUAUACUAUAUGGGUUUUUUUUGGGCUGAAGUCAAGGUGGUUUUUUUCAACCAGUAUCACCCUUGUUAUGGCUAAUUCAGAGCAGUUUGUUGUUCCUGGCUUUUUUAAGAUUUGAACUGACGGUCUUGUUAGGAUUAAAGUUGGGGCAAGUGUUGUAGUACACCAGCCACUCGUUUUUAACUUGAAAUUGCAGCAUUUUUUUUUGCACAGGAUAUGAUCACUUCCAAAUACACUUGAAAAGUUCCAAAUAUAUUCCAGAGAGUUUGGACACAAUCCUCUCUCCUCAGCUCUCUCUCUUUUUUUUCUUAAUCAAGGUUUUUGUGGAAAUUAGGAUGAUUGUCAUGGUGUAAUGUUUUUUUUGUCUAGUUUUGAGUUUAUUUAGCUUGUAAUAUUAAAGAAAAUGUAAUUUUGAAGCUGUAGUCAUACAAGUUUGUUUUGUCAGUGACCAGAGAUCCAUUAUAGACCACUUGAGGAUGAUGGGUUGGUGUUUGUAUGCUUAAUAUUUAAACUUUUUGUUUGUUUUUCUUUACUUGCAGCUCUGAAGCCUCCCUACAAGUUGUUUUUCAGGGUGAAGUUUUAUGCUGUGGAUCCAAGUACUCUCCACGAGGAAAUAACCAGGUGUGUUAUACAGGUUAAUGAUAAUUGGAAUUGUAUUUUCUGUAAUCCUUUCCAUAAAAUGAAAAUUUGGCAGGGGAAAUGAGGAAAUAAAACGGUUAAAUUUUUUGGUAGAUGGCCUCCAAGGACCUGAAGGUGAAAAAUAAUAGGAGUUUUAAGCCUCCAACUCCCACAAGUGACCAAGAUCAUUUUUUUCUGUACAAUAUCAAUACCAUAUCAAGCAGACAAGUGAUGUGAAUAACAAAAAUAUAUCAGCAAGGGGAUAGGAGUGAAAUGUUUGAGUGUACUGAAACACUUUCCUCAUUUUCUAAGAAGUGAUUUGUUGAAAUGAAAUAAUUCUUCUAUAUGUUAACUUAGGUAUCAGUUUUUCCUUCAAGUGAAAAGGGAUAUUCUGCAUGGCAGGUAAGAGAUGUACACCAGAUUUGCUGGUUCUCUGUUAGGCUGUGCUAUUGCUAACCUGGAGGGCAGGUAUAAUUUUGGUAAACAAUGCUCUGUAUUUUCUUUAUGAAAAACUAUGGCCACUGUCUUUGAUUUCAAUUGUAGCGCAAGGCUAAGGAGAGAAAGCGAUUUGUACCAAGAGGGCAAUUGACGGUCAAAAAUUAAGGAGAGGGGCGGGGGAUAGGGGAGUGAAGAUUAUACCUGUCUGAGGUCAAUGAUAUUUUGCAAAACUCUGUUCACCCAUGAACAGUUCCUGAUUGAUGCAGUUAAGCUCUAGCUGUCAAUCAUAAGCCAAAUGUGUCAUUUGGACAUUUUGCUCCUGCGGGAAAAUGUGAAUGAUGUAGUUGUUAGUUUCAAUUUCGCUUUGGAGGAGGCAAUUGAGUGCUUUUCGGAAUUUAAUAUGUCUUGUAUAUCAAAAUUGGAACCAAAAGAAGCAAUUUUUACUCUGGUUCUGGAAAGGAUCUACUGGUCGUGUUGCCAACUGGCUUUGGGAAAAGCCUGAUAUUUCAUGUGUUGGUUCGUGUGAAAGAAAUUAUUACGAGGAAACCUUUGUGUGUAGUUGUUGUUUGUCUGCUUCAACUAACAUAUUGUAUAUGAUCAAAUGGAAUAAGCAUCUUCAAUCAGAUUAAUGCUAGCUUAAGUAUUCUAGUUGAUACAAUUUAGGAAGCGAAUGAUCCUGUCAGAUUGAUUAAUCAUAGAAUUCUUUCAAGGAGUGGGCUGUCUUGGUGGGCUUCUUCUAAUCAAUAAUAAGCAGAAUUAUUUUCAGAUGACAAGAUUUUUUUUGUUCACUUGAGGCGUGUCUUUGCGGAUGUUUAAGUAUACUCUCUCUCCACUUCUCACGCAAAAUUCAAUAUCAUCAUGUUAUAUGCUUCACUCUAUUUAAAUAAGAAUUUUCUCAAUUUUAUUUGUAACAGACUCCUUUGCUCAUUUAAUGAUUUGGUUGAACUGGGAGCAUUCAUUGUGCAAGGUAAUUCAGAAAAUAAAAUUAUCAUUCUAUUAUCACUGCGAUUUGAUUUACUUAAUUAUAUAAACUGAAUUUGGCAUAAGUGCAAGGGACCUAGAUUUACCUGAUAUGUAAAGGAAACCACACAACUAGCCUUGAAGGGGAAGUUUAUCUUCCACUGUGCAUAAUAAUAUCCCUCACAAGUGGUUGAAGUAAACAAGUGUAAGAUGUUAUCAACAAAAGCAGAUCAAAUUGUAUCAAAAAACAAACGUGUCAUAUUCUGUUUAUUUUAAAGAUAUACGUUACAUAUUGAGAUAAAAAUAUUUAAUAUUCAGGAAAAAACUACAAAACCAGAGGUCACAGACAUGUACCGUACAUGUAGACUCAGCCCCCAGAAAAUCCACCUUAUCUUAGGAAAAAUGAAUUAAAACUUUGUACUGUUAGCAAAUUUAAAUAAAACCCUCACGAAAAGUAAAAGUGCCAUGUUGAUUGACCUAGCUAUUAUAAAAACAUUCAAAUCUUCACACAUGAAGAUAUGGAUGGUAUGUUUGACUGAGCGCAGUUAAGAUAUCAUGUUUUAAAAACAGUGGAAAUCCUGGUAUUUCAUUUAAGUCUAUGAUAUAAGUAUAUUUAUAAUUCCUUUGAGAAGUGUGAUAAAGUUCAAUAAAAGUUCAUUGAUUCAUUUCUCUGUUAAUAGGUGAGAUAGGGGAUUAUGAUCCAGAUGAGCACGGUGACUCCUAUGUAUCUGAGUUCCGCAUUGUUCCAAAACAGUCAGAAAAGCUUGAGAAGAAGAUUAUGGAAAUUCACAAGCAGCUUGCGUAAGUCUGUUAAAUGCUCUUUCCUACGAUGAGACUUGCAUGUAGCACAACCAUGCUCCUAACUUAUUUCACAGGAAAUAAAUAGAUAUAUGUUAACAGGUGCAUCUAGUCUGUUGGACAGUAGUUUCUUUGGACAUCUGAAAAAACACAGUUGAUGGGUUCAUACAGUGAACCUCUUAUUUGGCGCACCUCUAUUCACUGUUUGAAAAUAUUUGUAACAUUUGUUGCUUCAUUUGAGGGGCACAUUUGUUCACAGGAAACUUUUGCUUGUCCCAAAGCUAUGAUAUCCCACAAGAAUUCUUAUACUUUGCUAACUAUUUAAGAGCUGUCUUGAAUAAACAGCUUUAUUUGACCCUUAAUUGAUCAGAUGUCAAACAUUUUUUCUCUCACAGUGGCCAGGUACCUUCUGUGGCUGAGAAGAACUUUCUUGACAAAGUCAAGGCUCUUGAUAUGUAUGGAGUGGAUCCUCACCCAUGCAAGGUAUGAGACAGAUUAACAUCGUGAUAUUGAUGCUGUCAUCAUUUCCCACCUCAUCAUAAUCAUUGAGAGAAACAAGGAGGUGUAUUGAUCAUUGCACUGGACUUGGGACAACAGGUCAAGGUUCAAGAAAACUGGCGUUUUUGGGAAAACACUUUGCUCUCACAGUGUCCCUCUCCACCCAGGAGUCUGAGUGGGUACCAGCACGUUGUCAGGGUAGCCUGAUAAAAUGCUGGAGGAGGGGGGUAACCUUGAAAUGGACUGGCAUCCCAUCCAGGGGAAGUACAUGUAGUAACACUCCUAGUAAUACUCACUUCAUGCUUAGGAAACCAGGAUAAGCUCUGGCUGGGUAAACCAUUUGGCUCAAGCACAGGCAGCUUCUUUAUUUUUCUCAACCAUCAUUAGAUUUGCUUUCUUAGUUGAAGCUAGCUGAUCUUUGAGAAAGGUAGAUUCUGUAGUACUUUUGUGUUUAACUUUGAUGUACACAGGGGUUUCUAGAAUACUAAAUAUCAGAAUCAAUGCUUGUUUCAUUCACAGGAUCAAGACAAUGUUCAACUCUACCUUGGUCUCACUCCAGGAGGAAUUGCCAUCAUCAGAGAAGGAAAGAAAGUGUCAGGAUUUGUUUGGUUAGUCAGUGCUCUGGCUAGGGUAUAUCAGAUAUAGGGUAUGCUCUGGCUGUAGGGUAUAUCAGAUCUUCCAUUUUGUUGUCAUGUAAAUUGGAGAACAGGGCAUAGCAAAGUGGUCUUUUUGGGUGGUGAAUUUGAUAUCAGAGGUUACCAGUUUCAAAUCCUCCAACUCAAUAGCUCUUGUUUCAUGGGAGUCUCUGUGUCUGCAGCACCUGUCGUGGGACUAGGUAAUUGUGUAAAAUUUCAAGCUCAAACACCUCCCACAAUUUUCAUUUCAAUUUAAUUUCAUUCACUCUUUUUCUUUUUGUGCCUCCUAUGCCUUCCAAAAUACAUUUGAUGCACAUUCAUUUCCUGCCCUAUCUACUGUACAGCCUUUCAAUUAACAGGUGUACAAACUCUGUUAUAAACAAGUCCUCCUUUUGUCACUAAAUUGGCUUCAACAUGGGCUGUUUUGUUUACCCUCUGCAUUUUACAUCACAUUGCUUUUUUACUGCUACAACAGUAGGCACAUGCAGUCAUAGAUUGCCUUUUGUUAUACAUGUUCUUUAUAUUUCAUUUGUUGUGAAAGUAACACUGGCAGGGAAACUUCCAAUUACAGUGAAAUGACAAAUUGGUCCUUUUUUUUCCCUCUGCUGUUGUUCCUUCCCACUGCUGGAAAAAAAUAUUUCUGGUGGGAUCUUAUCAAAAGAAAGGAAAAGUCAAACAGAACCAGUAAAAACCAGAAAAGAUAACUUUGUUUGCCUAUUUGUAUGAGUGUUAUUUGGAAAGUUUACAAGUAAGCAAUUAGUUCAAGUGUACGACUCAGUUUUUCUGGCUCAUAUCCAAACAUAUUAAAUAUGGAUCAUCAGCCAUUGAGGUGUGAAAUACCUAGACAGGUAAUUGCCAUAUGUAUAUUUAUCUUUCCCAAAUAUGCUCUUUUGAAAGAAGAAUAAACUUUCCUUCUGUUCUUUUGUUUGAAGGAGUGAAGUUGUAAAGUGCACCUAUGAGAACAAAGUCUUUUAUGUGCAGGUUCAAAAGGAUGAUGUAAGUAAAAUAAGAGAAUAACUUCCCUUAAGUUUAUUCUUGAGUUUUGAAGAUUAAAUUGACAGAUGUUUUAUGAACUAUGUACAAUGUUUCAACCUUGAGUGACCAAGACGGAAUAUCUCUUUACAUUAUCAGUACAAAUCAAGCAGACAAGUGAUGAGAAUGAAAUAGUAUAUUUGUGUGUGAGAAUUAUGACUUGAUACAGUACCAAAUUCCCCAAACCAACAUCUUUAAUAUUGUAAGGUAGACAGUAAGGUGAAUUAUCAAUGAGGUCCUAGGAGUGAAAGGGUUAUAAUUUAAAGCAGAUUAAGUUAUGAUAACAGAGUAAAAGCCAACUUUAUAAUAAUUGUUUUACUGUUGGGUGGAAAGUUUCUACAGGAGGGCAACUUAUCUUUUUAACUGGCCUUUUGGUUGUUAUUGUUGUUUUUCAGCGCAAGGCCAACUAUGGCUUCAGACUCCCUGAUCCUUUGGCAUGCAAGCAUUUAUGGAAAUGUGCUAUAGAACAUCUUGCAUUUUACAGGUAAUUAUCAAGUGAGUGAAGUUGGAACAAACAUACCAAUCACAUCACUAACAGAUACCCAUCUGGGAUUUCAGGGAAAAUACAAAGUUACACUUUCAAAUACCCAGGUUUGAGCCCCAGCAAGGCUUGUUGUGCUUUCUUUUUGUUACGAGACUUAACUGUCAAACCACCACUCCAUCUGGAGAGAAAAAAGAAUAAUUAUUAAAAAUGAUUAAACCUCUCUAAAUGAACUAUCCAAGAAACCUGAUGAAAUACUUAGGGGGAAGGGGGAGGGGGGUGACAGGUGAGUAUCAUUCCCAGAGCACUCUUUCAUUCGACCUCCUGCACCUUUCUCAAUUGGGCAAGGUUAGGAUAUUAGCGGUGGACUUAGAUCCCGUCUUGGAAAGGGGUGGGGGCUACAUUGACUCCCUUGUAGCCAUUGGAUUGAUAGCUGGCUAAUUGCACUUUAAUUUUUUUUGAUACAUAAAUGUUUUUGAAAAGUCUAUGCUCGUAACUUGUUUUUGGUUCCAUGAAUAUUUUUUGGUCUUUUUGGUCUUAAUAGUCAUUCAGAGACUCCAGUAGUAAAGCCCAAACGAAAGGCAAUUUCACCUCAGAGGCUUUUUAGAAGAUCAAAGCACAAGUACAUGUAAGUAUGUCUCUGCGAUGAUUCGUGUAAGGGGAUAUGUGUAUGCAACAAGACCACUGUGCGGGAGCGGGGCAUCUAUAAUUCGGCAAGGGUAACCUCAUGGGAACAUUCACUCGUGGUGGGGACCUAAAAAAGGGACACACAAUGGGGACAGGUGAAGGGCACCGAACCGAGAGGUGCGGUAGGGAUAUGGAACAAUGACUCGCGACAGGGACAGGUAAAAGGAACCUAUUAGGGGCAUGUUUUGGGAGCGCACAAUAUGGAAAAAGGGGAAAGGAACUUAUUGAGGGGCGCGUUGUAGAAACAUGUAGUAGGAACAGGGGAAAGGAACUUCACAGGGACCCUUGACAGGAACAUGUAUAGGGAACACGUAACAGAGAUACGUAACACAGCCUCAUUCCCGCAGAAAGUUGUAAAUUUUCUUAUGAAAGUGUUUACUUCUCACUGUCGCAAUCGAGGCAAUUCGUUAUUUUCAAAAGUAUUUCCCUUUGGAAGGCUCAUGCAAUCAAAACUAUUCUGAGAUAUUAAGGGCGUUAUUUUGUGUACGCCUCGAUCGACUCUGCUAAGCUGUGCAAUCUGUGUUCGCGCGGUGUGAAUGUGAAAUCAUUGUUUGUACCUCUGGAGGGGAAAACUGUUUUUGUAUUGGUAAAAACCUCUUUAAUUGCACUCGCAGUGGCUUCAAUUUUUUUCCAUAAGCAGCCGUCGAUGGCAUAUUAAGCAGCUGUGCCGUCAGGCGAAACCCAAACACAGAGCCUGCUCGCAGCCUAAACAGAGGGCGGUGAGGUCUCAAAGGCAGCGGUAGACCGCUAGUCUACUAAGAGGGCGAUCUGCAUAGAAAUAGAUGUAUUUGAUUGGACGCUUGUUUUCCAUAUUAAGACAUGCGUGUAAAUACGGCUUAAGUAGGUUUUCUGUUUUGAAUUUACUGCUGUGUUGAGGUCUAAAACCAGUUCAGCGCAAAAGGCAGCGAGCAGUUCUCGCUUUUAGAGUUGAGUUUACGUGGAGAAAUAAGAGUGGAUUCUUCUGUUGAAUUAUUGAACUUUUAGCGGGCCUACUCAAGACCAGCUGAUCGCAGAAAGUGAGAAGAUCAGUCGUCCAGAGCCACUGAUCAAGAGGUGAGUUCCUUUUAGCUUUAUACAUUUAUUUACUUAGUUAUUUAUACGUACAGUUGUAUACUUUGACUUGCAUCACCGUACUGCAUUGUUUGCCAUAUAUACCGCGCUGAUGGGCAGUAACCUGCGACCAGUGCAAUCCCCGGUGACGUCCGUUCAGUUUUAAAAUCGAAUGUAUCCCUUUGACCUGAUUCCAUUUCCUGAGCAGCUGUUCCAGUUCCGUUCUAACUUUCAACAUUUACAUUUCUUUCAAGUAAAGACUGCAGUUCUGUUUUGUUCCAAAGAAACACAUUUCAAGUCCAAGGAUAUCUAGAUUCAUAUUUAUAUCCUCUGAUGAAGGCAGAUUACGUCUGUUCCCGUUUGGUCGACAGAUGUUUUUGCAAAUUUUGUCCAUGUCUUUCAAUAUUCCUCUUGUCGUUGUCAUUUUAUAUUUCGAUGGUAUAUUUUGGAUUGUUUGUUUUAUGUGAAGACGUUGAUCCCACCUUGAAAACAAUUCAGAGUUUUGCUUUCAAAGACAAGGUGCGCAAAUUAAGACGUUUUUACGCGUGAAAACAAUAGAUCGUUUGAAAAGCAGCUAUAAAUUUGCCUAUUUAUCUUUUGGAGGGGUAAAAUCUUUUUAUUUUCCCAGACUCAGGAAAAAAAACAAGAGGCGUUUAUUUCUGUCUCGUUUUCACGAAAAUACAGCAGACUGCUUCAAAGACAGCCGUAAAUUAAUUCAUUAUUUUUUCGAGACGUGAAAUCUCAUUAUUCUCUCGGACUCAGAGAAAAAAAGAAAGGGGGCAUUCAAUACUACAUUCAAUACAACACUGCUUCAAAGGCAGUCGUAAAUGUAUUUUUUGUUUUUCAAUGCGCGAAAUUUUUUUAUUCUCAGUCCCAGACUCAGAAAAAACAAUUGGCAUUCAUUUCUCGGUCGCUUUUUCGGUCAGAAAAUAAGCUGAGAUGAAUCAUUAAAUCUUACUUCGACAUGGACUAUUUAUGCACUCAGGUUUCGAUUUGUGAACAGUUUAAUUGCGUGUGGUUAAAAGCUUAUUGGUAUAUGUUUUUUCCGGAAGAGCGCUCGUUUGUCGUUUAAGUAUGCGAGAGGAGUGUUCAUUGCAAAACAACAGCUGAACAAUGAAAAAUAUCAUGGACGUAUUUAGAAAUAGCUGUGGUUCUUUUCUGGACCAGUCAGAAUUCGAAACCUCUUCUGUGUUUUCGUCAUUUAUUCGGAAUGUGUUCGGCUCCUUCGGUUUUUCUUGGCUCGAUUUCCGCUGUUAUCUCGAGUGUUGUCUUCCUUUUCCGAACAUCGGCCAGUUAUCCAACCUACUGUUGUUCUAGAUUUAUUUUGAAAUCUAUUGCUGUGAUGUUAGGAUCAAAUGAGAUCCAUAUUGGUUUUUAUCAGAUGAAUUAUUAACAUAAAUAAUGCAAGGAAGUCUUCUUUAUCACCAAUUUUUUUAACGCGGAAAACGUCGGACAAUCUUUAACAGUUUUUUAAACGAUUAAUAGGUGGCAGGUGAUCAGCCAUAAGAAUAUGUGCCUUCUGAUUGGUUGAUGACUAUGUUAUAUCUCUUGGUAUAAUCUGUACCCUACGUGAUGGCGACAUUUCAAAUGGCCGCUGCGUAAUUUAUCAAUUUAUUUGUGGCAGGGAAUAAUAAAAUGUAGCUCUAAUAAUCACCAGUUAAGAUUUCGAGCCUUUGUUCGACGGCGAUUAGAACGUCUACACAAUCCCUAUUUUACCCUUGCAGAACAACGUCAUUCGAGAAUUAUAACAACUUUGACAUUCUGUGGCGGUUUUGCGGAUUAGUUGUGGCACAGCGUCACCCAAGAUCCAUACAUUUCAGUUUUUAAAAGCUAAGUUUUUCGUUUGUCUCACGAUGUAGUCACGUGUGAUGUAGAUCGCGACGUUUCGACUGCAUACUGCUAGUCUUCUUCAGGCGAUGAGGUCGACUGGUCAUGCAUGAUCAUGAGAUCAUAAGAUCAUGGAUGACCAGUCGACCUCAUCGCUUGAAGAAGACUAGCAGUAUGCAGUCAAAACGUCGCGAUCUACAUCACACUUGACUACAUUGUGAGACAAACGAAAAACUUAGCUUUUAUUGUUAUUCACCACGAUGAAUAACCACAACCUUUUCUACGAAAUAUUUCAGGUUUUCUUAACGCGCCUCACAAUAACUGACGACUUGCGUCGUUCUGAAGAAAUUAUUGUGUGGUGAAUGAAAUUUGGUCGAGAUGGUCUCUUUAGAAAUAUUUAGUCGUCGCUAGAAUUAAGUUUGGCGCAAAAUGUAGUAGGACUUAGUUAAGAUAGUCCUUGUUUUAUCCGGUUUUCAAACUACUAGCCGUUGACUGCAUCGUUUGACGCCUUUCUCUGGGUUAAAAAUUACACUUACACGAUUUUUUCGGUUUGUUAGGGCACCAAGUGUAAGGAUCUCCCGGCGGAUAAAAGUUCCCUCGGAUAGCAUCUCGGAAAGUACCGGAGUACUGAAUAUCCCUAACUCUCCCAACGGCCAAGUUGGUGGAGACAUCACUCCGAAUGAAGAGACUGAAUUAAAGAGGUUCGAAACUUCAGUUUUUCCCCCCAGUCCUCCGCCUGACGAGAGUCUUACGUCUUUUGAGAUGCCUGACGGUCCGCCAGCAACGAAUCACGUGGGCCCUGACGUCAGCCCUUCUAAUGAGGUGGGUCGAAAUUCCCGACCCAAAAUAACAUUUUUCAGGUUGUCAGUUUAGUGGGACAAAAGAAAAUAGCGGGUAGGGCGAGGGAAAUAAUGAAGGAGACCCCAAUCGUCUUCAUCGUCACUCAUCUCCAGGCCCACGCUGGUUAUGUACUUCAUUGGUUGAGAGAAUUGUCCGUGAUUUCUAGACCAAUCCAUGAGCAAAGUUGUCUCGGAUGACUCUCGACACCCAUUCUAACAAUGCUCUAAAUGACUUUCAAAUUACGUAACUCGAAACCACGAAAACUGGGCUUUGACCUGUGCAGAUCCUUAAAUCCUUUACACCCGAACAUCAGUAUGCAAAUUCUCUCUACCUUUUCCACGGUAAUUACAAGGGGAAUUUGCGUAAUGAUUCAAGGCUGAUGCUGUUGGGAGAAAUUAGGUACUUAUCACUCUUAGGGAGAUGAUGGUUAAAUACUCAAUUCUAGUGAACCUUUGUACAAAGAAAACCAAUUGUAUCUAUCCUACAUUGUGUUGCAGGCCAACAAUAAGAGUGCACCUCCAAGUCCCGCAGAAGUGGAGAAUUAUGGCUUUAAGAUGUUUAUUUUCAUUAUGUUCAUUCUAGCGUUGAUAAUGAUUCCCAUUGCCAUCGUUUGGGAAACUAGAAAGAGCUACAUCAAGUCUACAGAUGCAUAUAAGGGACUUGCUAAAUGGGUCUUCAGAUCUUUUGGUUACAAAAUCUAACGGGUAACUAGAUACUGAGAAUUUUUAAUCAAUAGCCAAGGUACAAUUCUAGCAAUUCAUCGUCAAGCAUUGUCGUUGAAAAGUUCUUCGUAUUAGUUAGUCAACCAUUCAUCCAUUUUGUGUUUUAUUAGUUAGAUGGGUUUUUUUUCUUGAUUUGGUGAAGUCGGUCAGUUGAAAUUCCGUUCGUAAAAGAGAAAAUUAAGAUUUUUGGAGAGGUGGCAGUUUUUCCACUUUGUUCGGGAAGAGAUUCGAAGUUAAUUCAUAAUUAUAUGCAGCAACAAUCUGAUUGGAAUGAAAAAGUAUUUCCAUAUUUCUUGUUUAUUAGAGAAUUAAUGAUAUUUCUUUGAGUGACCUGGAUAACAAAAACUCAUUUGUAGGAAGUUUUCAUAAACAACCCUGCUCUGUGAAAAAAAACAGAGGGUCUUUAGCUUAAAAGAGAGUUCGGUAAAAAAGACAAAGCAGGAACUCGGUAUUCCUUCAAUAAGCAAGCACGUGACUGGCUAGGGAUGGUAGAAUCAGAAAACGAGACUGUUAAGCGUUUGCGUGACUCGUGCAUCGGAGACAACAUUUUCCCUCUAAAUGCUUUAUUGGCUUCUCAGCGGUUAUCAUAACAACUGUCGUCAUGUUUUCCGGUUGUAAUCUAUCCCCUGGGGGGUGGGGCUGGAGGAUUUUAAAUUUGUCGAUAAAAUUUACUUGAUCCCCCCCCCCUUAGACUCUGUAGUAUUCUGAUGACCCCCACCUUCAUUGGUAGUCAGUUCUCUAUAGGCCUUCCCUUAUGCUCUGUUAGCGACGACUGAUCCACACCUGUCCCCCUUGAAAACCAUGUGAUACCCAAGUAACUCCGACUAAAUCCCCCCCCCCCCCGCCCUUUGCGAAAAAUCAUUGAUUGGUCCCACGGACAACAUUUGCUGGCUCAUGUAAUAUUUUGGCGUCGUACGUGAUAUGGGAACAUAAUUCAAACGUGGUCGAGGUGUCUUAACUUAAAUAUCAUCAGUUGUAAUUAUUAUUUGUAAUGUGAUAGAUUUGUUAGGUUGAGGGCAUUGCACCUCUGCAAGGGGUAUUUAAGACAUAAAUUUUGAAUGUUUUCUAGUUCAAUAAGUAGAGCGAAGCGCUAAUGUAAAAUAAGCAGAGGCUAGGUAUGUAAUAUUGUUGUGUAGGUAUGAAUUUGUCGUAAAGUCAUAGGUUUCUCAGUGUAUUCGCCAGUUUAAGCCACACGGUCACUUAUUUGCAGAAGCAAGUGUGUCGGUAAAUUUUUGUCGAAAUUUACGGAAAAGGUUAUUUUUGUUUCUAGCCAAUCAAGAAAUAGAAUGACCAUUCGACAUAUUUCCAGAGGACGUUUCUCAGCGGUGCCACAGGAAUACCACGCGAUUCCGAGUAACAUGUCUUUUAGUGACUGUAAGCCCAGUCCAUUUUCGGAGACAAAGCCCA